AUGAGCGAGGCAGCUCUGCGUGCAGCGCUCGGUGAUGAACUUUGUCCGGAACACAGCACAGACUUCCACCUUCAGCGCUGGUUGGUCGGCUACGAUGGAGAUGUCAACAAAGCCGCGGAAAAAUACCGAGAAUAUUCGAAAAUACGGAAAUCCCUGGGAUACGACGACUUUUCGAACGUACAACGGCUAUAUGUCGAUAAGACGAACUGUGCUCGAUAUGUGCGCCAGUCAAGGUUAUCUGCUGAAUGGUUUAACGAGAAGGACAAUGGUAUCGUGUUUGUUGAGAUGAGUGUCGAAGAUCCAAAAAAGUUCAUGAAGGUCGUUCGAGUCAGUGAAUACUUGCGAUCAUUCUUUGGAUAUUGUGAAUAUUUCCAACAUCUAGUUCUGGAGCGGGAAAAACUCACAGGAAGACCGUCACACGGAAUAUGUAUUUUCGACAUGAAGGGCAUCGCUAUUACACCGUACAUGUCACCGACGAGUGCCAUCAAUUGCUUAAUGCAGGCCCGUGUAAAUAUAUGGCUGGACUAUUAUGCAGAACUACUAAAGCAUGUUAUCGUUGUAAAUCCACCAACAUUUCUUGCGCUUGCAUGGAAGGUGAUAUCAUUUCUACUCCCAGCAAAGGUCCACAAUCGGUUUCAUUUUGUCAGUCGAUAUCCGGACCAGAUGACAAACUACCUCAGUAUGGAGGCGAUUCCACUCGCCUUUUCUGGAACGUAUAAGACUCACAGCGAGAUGGAUAAUGGCUGUUUCAAAUCGGCGAAAAUCACCGAAGAUGACUUCGUGGAAGAUGGGUCGCUUUGGAAGUCAAACGGCAUCGAGUUGGCGCCCGAAACACGGUCUGUAAGAGCUGGAGAUGAGUUGACAAUGGAGUUUCAUCCUGAGAGGAAGCAAAAAAUGAUCUACCAAUUUACAAGCAACGCCGAAGUACAGAUCUGGUUUCAACAAGAUGACGUUGACUUAACACCGCGAUUCAAAAUGAUGACGCCAAAAUUAGCUGAAGAAGAGAUUAUCACGCUGUCAUCCGAUUCUCCUGUGAUAUUUCGAGUUUGUAAUCGUGGCAAGAUCUUUGCCGCUAAAGUAACGAUUGCAGUGGCCUUUUUGUGA